GAGACAGAUAACAACACAAUAGCUAAGGGCCAUACAUCUCACUCAACAGCUGAGGGCUAGUUGAGCAUGGGCCAACUGAAAUACGGCUGGUAUGCGAGUAUGACUAUAAGUCAAUCAUCUUACUCCAUAAAUAGCGGAGAGCCCAGAGCCUGUUGAGCUCUCCAGCACAGCAGCGGGCUGCACGCCAGGAUCUCCCCUUGAGUAGGGACGCCUCUCAAGGGUACUCGUCGAGGUUGAGAGAAUCCUUAUCACAUCAGAUACUCGGUAACAGCUGCUUCGUGAUGGGCUCCAUUUCUAGACAAGUUACUGAGUUUUGCCUUGAUCUCUACAAUAAGCUCAACAGAAAUGCAGAGGACACAAACAUCAUCUUCUCUCCAAUGAGCAUCUCUGUUGCCCUGGCCCUGGUCCAUCUAGGUGCAAAAAACAACACUGCUGCUCAGAUAGAAAAAGUGCUCCAUGUCAGGAAAGCUGCAGAAAGAAUGAGCCUUGGAUCUGAUCUUGAGAGCGCAGCCCCAGAAAUGGAGCCAGAACGAAGCCAGGAGAGACAGCCUUCCCUCUCGCAGUGUAACAAGGAUGGGGACCUUAACCAUGAAGCGUUUCAGGCACUGCUUUUGCAAUUACAAAACCUUGGUGAAAGAUAUGUUUUAACCCUGGCCAACAAUCUCUUUAUACAACAAGGAUUUGAACUCCAGCAGCAAUUUCUAAUGUGCGCUAAGGAACUGUAUGGAGCAAUGCUGCAAACAGUGGACUUUCAUGGUGCUGUUGAAGCCACCAGAAUAAAAAUUAACAGUUGGGUUGAAAGUGAGACACAAGGUAAAAUCAAGGAACUCUUUGCUCCGGGUAUGAUCAAUGCACGUGCAUUGCUGGUGCUGGUGAAUGUAAUCUACUUCAAAGCAUCCUGGGAACACAAGUUUGAAGAGCAAAAAACAGUACAGAGAGAUUUUAAACUGAACGAGAAUGAGAAAAAACCUGUGCAGAUGAUGUAUCAGAAAGGCACAUUUAAGUUAGGCUACAUUGAGGAGACGGGUGCUCAGGUCCUUGAACUCCCUUAUGCUCAGAAGUCACUGAGCAUGAUCAUCCUGCUGCCAGGUGACAUGACUGAUGGAUCUACCAGUGGGCUGGAGCAGAUUGAAAGGACAAUGACCUAUGAAAAUUUAAUGCUGUGGGCCUCUUCAGAGCACAUGUUUGAGACAACAGUGGAGGUAUACCUCCCCCAAUUCAAGCUUGAAGGCACCUUUAACCUCAAUGAGGUAUUACAAGAGAUGGGGAUGACUGACAUCUUCACUGAAUCAAAAGCUGAUCUUUCUGCAAUGUCGUUUGCAAAAUCUCUGCUGCUGUCAAAUGUUGUCCAUAAGACGUAUGUGGAAGUCAAUGAGGAAGGCACCGUAGCAGCAGCUGGUACAGGAGCUGUCAUUGUGAGGAGGUCUCUUCCUCUCACAGAGGUGUUUAUGGCUGACCACCCUUUCUUAUUCUUUAUUAGACACAAUCUUACCAAUACCAUUCUUUUCUUUGGCAAACUCUGCUCACCUUAAAAUCAGGGCCAUUUUCUAACAUUGUGAGAAACACCUGGAUGAAAAUCAGAAAUUGUAUUUUUUUCCCAAUGCAUUCUUAAUCCUUUGACAGCUAGUUUGUAUUUCAAAGUAAUCUCUGCAACCAUUUUAGGUUAGAACCCAUCAACUGGAUGCUCUGCCACUAGGCUCCUUGAAUUGCAAAUAUUGGUCUGAAUCUAGAAUAGGAUUAAAUUUUGCCUUAACCUCA